ACUGCCGUUGAACCCAAUGUUCAUUCUUCUCCAGUCCAGUCCUCCAUUAACGAUUCCUUCUUAAUUAGGUUAAGAUCUUCAGUUUUGAGUGAAAAUUGCUGAAUUGUAUCUGCGUUAUUAGGUCAUACUAAUUAAGAAUGGAAAGAGGAGAUUCAAGUUCUGGAGAAGAUAGGAUCAGUCAAUUACCAGAUUCCAUAAUUCAUCACAUCCUAUCUUUCCUGAGCGACACCACAUAUGCGGUUCAGACAUGUGUUUUGUCUAAAAGAUGGCGAUAUCUGUGGACUUCUCUGCCGGUGCUAAAAUUCAGUGACGAAUUUCACCAUCGCGAUUCAGAUGUUGAUGACAUUGACAAUGUUGAUGGUGAUCUUCAAGACAUGUGUUUUGUCAACCGCUAUAUCAAAUUUGUCGACAAGGUACUCACUCUCCGUGACAACAACUCUGAUAUACAAAUAUUUCAUUUUCAAUAUUCUCCAUCUUACAACAACCCUGAUGAGAAAUCAGAUAGAUUCGUAAAUACAUGUAUCGCCGCUGCUGCCAGCCAUAAUGUUCAGGAAUUAUACGUUAAGAUUAAACCUCAUAACGAUUUGGAGUUUCGUUUGUUAAGUACUUGUAAAUCGUUGACGAAACUGGAGCUGGAAUUGUCUGGUUAUGACGAUGGUGAUUAUAACAACUGCUCCAUCAUUUGUAUUCCUCGUGAAAUAAGUUUUCCUAGGCUCGAAUCGUUGUGUAUGAUCCUUAAAUUUUUUCCAUUUGAUGACGAGGAAUCAACUAAUAAGUUCUUUUCAAGUUUUCCUAAUCUAGAAUCGUUGGUAAUAGUUUUUCGGGGAUGGAGCAGUGGAUUCCGGGAUAUGAAUCUUACAAUUUCUUUGCCUAAACUCAAGUGUUUCAGCUUCAAGGUUGAGGAUCAGGGUUAUGAAAUCAAUAGUGUGAUUAAACUGUAUGCACCAAGUCUGACAUCCUUCAUUUGUAAUAGUGACAUGGUAACAAGUUUCAUUGUAGAGAAUCUUCCAUCUCUAGUAACUGCUGAAAUUCAGAUAUGCGUUGCUGCGAGUGGUAGAGAGAAAGAAUUUUAUGCCCAACGUACGAUGGGACUUUUGAGAGGGAUUCGUUCUGUCAAAGUAUUAACUUUAAAUUUUUCUAUCCUCAAGAAUUUGGAGCUCCAGACGGACCAGACCUGCUUUUCGAGAGACUGCCUGCGUUGGGUAUUCUAUAUACUUAAGAGUUUUCCUGAUAUAGAAUCUGUUUCCCUGCGCAUAUCACAGCAUCACGACGAGCCUCUAUUAGAUGAAUAUCGUGAAGAGGUAAAAUCUUAUCCAGAGAACAUAAGAGGAGACUACUGGGAUGCAGAGUUAUCUUUGCCGUGCAUGAUAUGUCACCUAAAGUUUGUGGAGAUUAAUGGUCUUUGUGGAUGUGCUGAUGAACUGAAGUUUUUAGAGAUAUUGUUGAAACAUGCCACGGUGUUGGAGAAAUUGGUAGUCGCCAGUGAUGCUACUGAACGAGACUCACAAUUGGAGAAACGGAUGGCGAAAUUUAGUGAGAAGUUGCUAAAGUUUCCUACAGCGUCCAAGAAAAUCCUUAUCUUCUUAAAAUCCUCAGUGCUUCUGGAUGGUCUAUGAAUUUGCAGAAUAAUAGAAGUGUUUAAGAAGUGCCUCCUCACACAGGACUGAGGAAGUCAUCUAGCUAGUGCUAGUAGAUAAAUGUAGUUAACUGUUAGUUUUUUUUCCUUGUUAUGAUGAGAUCUUCGAUGGUCUUGAGCAGCACGUGACAAAUGUUUCAGAGGAGUUCUGACCUUCCAUUUGUUCAAACUUGCGACUGUCUUAACUUAAAACUGCUAAGAUUUUGUCAACAGAAUGCACGAUGUUCAGA